UCUAGGAGUUCUCUCUGCCCUGAGUCAAGUUCAGGGCACCUUCAGGACUGUAUAGAGAGGAUGGCAGGAAAGGACAAGGGAUCCAGCAGCAGGUCAACCACUGAAGAUGAGAGCAAAGAGGAGUCAGCUGAGUAUGGGCUCAUUUUCAAGCGCUUCAAAAAAAAUAAGGUGGAAAUCGCAAGCGCCAUCACAAAGCCAUUUCCUUUCCUCAUGAGUCUGCGAGACCAUGACUUCAUCUCUGAGGAGAAGUUCCAGAUUUCUAGAAAAAAAUGUGAGAACCCGGAUGCAGUGAGAAAUGAGGUGUAUGACAUCCUCUGCGACCUGCAGAAGGACUUUAGCCUGUCCCUUCUGGAAGUGAUCUUCAGCCCAACACAUCUGAAGGCCUACCCAGACUUAAAUGAGACUGUAAAAAUCUUCCGAGAUGUUUCCAACAAUCACAGGACUCUCCAUAGGAUAAAUGGAAGACACACUGAAGAGAGGCCCGGACUGCCAGAAGUUGUUAGAGAAGAGGGAAGUAGUUCUCAUGAACGAAUGUUAGAUGGACAAGAGCCCCAGGAUGACUUAUCCUCAUCACCGCUGAGACCACAAGCAGGAGCAGAACAAUCCACGAAUGACAGCAAGAUGUGUUCCUGUGUCCUGUGUUCCCCAGCACGCAAACCAGAAGACCAAGAAGCAAGGAUGGGAAACAGCCAAGCAAAUACCGUGGAGACUGGGAACAACACUACUGUAGGAAAAUCCCAGGGGAAGAGAAGAAAAGAGAAAGGCCUCACCUGGUCUAAAGCAAAACAGAGAAAAGCACAAACUGCACAGGCAAAAAAUAACAGCAGAGCUCGUGGCCAGGCAGCUGUCAAAAGAAGGAAAACAAAAAAGAAACCAGAAGGCUCUGCCAAGACUGUCAAGCGCAGGGUUCCGAGAAAGCAAGAACAAAAUGAAGAUUUCAGCGCUGCCUUGCUUCCUGUGACUUGUGGUGAUGCGAAAGGGGUGUUAUACAAGGACAAAUUCAAGCAAGGGAUCUCCAUGAAGUCCAUACAGAGUGAGGAUGGGGACUGGCACACACCCCCAGAAUUUGAAGUCUUGGGAGGCCAUGGAGGAUGGAAGAACUGGAAAUUGAGUCUGCGCUGCUACAAUAGACCCCUGAAAUUGCUGAUCCAGAGAAAAAUUUUACCCUAUCCUCCAAGAACAAAUGGCAAGAGGAAAAAGAUGCAGAACUCAGAUGAAUGUGAAGUGUGCCGGAAAGGAGGGACACUCUUCUCCUGUGAUACUUGCUCCAGAGCCUUCCAUGAGGAGUGUCACAUCCAAACAGUGGAGGCUGAGAAAACACCAUGGAGUUGCAUCUUCUGUAGGAUUCAGUCCUUAGAAAGCCAACAGAGUCUUCCAGAAUCUGAGAUACUACAGAGGGAGAUGGUGCCGCAGGAACAGUUGAAAUGUGAGUUUGUCCUAUUGAGUGUCUAUUGCUGUUCUGAGAGCUCCUUUUUUUCCAAGAUUCCAUAUUAUUAUUAUUUUAGAGAGACGCCUAUGGGUGUGAAGAAACCUAUGUGGUUGGACUUGAUCAAGAAAAAGCUGAGAGAGAGAGGUUACACCCAUGUGGAAGAGUUUGUGCAAGACAUGAGACUCAUCUUCCACAAUCACAGGAGCACAUUUAAGGACCUGAAUUUUGGUCAAAUGGGACUUAAGCUGGAGUCUGAGUUUGAGAAGAAUUUUAAGGAAGUGUUUGCUAUUCAGGACACAAAUGAAAACAGUUGACAGAUGUCACAGAUGCUGCUGGUGUCCUGGCACCAUGUCCUUUUCUGGCCAGGUCUUCCUACCUGAAUCAACAGUGAGAGUUUUGUACUGACUCCAUCAGCCCCAGAGGAUCGCCCUGGGGCACACGGACACACUGACAUCUUCUGGCUUUGUGGUUGUGCCUCCAGCUGCAACCGAGGGUGUGACAGAUGGCUUCUCUCUGUUCCCCAAGGGUCUAAUCUGGAGCCUGUCUCCAUCUGGCUUGGCUCCCUGUCCUCUGGGACACACAUGUGGCUGCCCGUGUCCCUCAUGAGAGAGUAAUUAACCACAAGCUUACAAGACUUCAAUUCGUGUGGUGACACUCCUGUAGCCCCAGUCCUUGGGAGGCUGAAGAGGAGGGCAGCUGCAAGUGUGAUGCCUGCCUGGGCUACAUUGUGAGUUUCAGCUACUCUGGCUUAUAAAGUAAGAUCCUGGUUCAAGAGCAAACAAUUCGCCAAGUAAGACAAGAGAGGCCUCAACUCUGGGUCUUUUUCUAGGAACCUCACCCUAAGAUGACAGUUCUGGAAGCAAAGCCUCAGGGUGGGAUUCUAGAGUUGGGUCACUGUACAGCCAAAAGGUGAUUGGUGGGAAGUCAGUAGGUCCUCAGGUGUUAAACCAGCACAGGAACCAAAUUUUAGCCUGUAGAAAGGCAAAGUGCUUCCACUGUAAGAAUGAUGGGAUUUGGUGGCUGUUGGUACAUUUUGCUAAUAGAUUGACAGCAGGUAUUGACAGGCUUAGAUGUAGAAUCCCAAGUAUUCUUGGGAGAGAGACACCCAGUCCUGUAGCUGUAUUUUCAGAUGGCAGCCAAGGCAUGCCCCAGGCCCUUACAUUCAGAAAGACAGAACUCCAGCAAGACUGGGUUCUAAGUUAGGAAGUCUCUUGUGCCAAAGUCAGGUUCCUGACACUCAGACUGGGGGAUUGAAAUAGUUAUUUGGGAGAACUGUGAACUGGGUUUCCCCUGAAUCUACUUGCUUAUUAAAGAAUCCCUUCACUCUGUCUUGGAAAAAAGAGUCACCUUGUUGCAUGAACCAAAGUUCCAGAGACUGAUUUUGGGGAGCUGAAUAUCAGAAAAGCAAAGCAGUUGGCCACUAGUUUCUUACCUCUACCUGAGACUGAAUUGGCUGAUCCUGUCUUUUUUGAGUUCUUCCCUAGCCUCAGACUGUAACCUCUCCUCAGCAUGCCUGGAGAAUGAAUGUCUCCUACUGACUACUGAAGACCCUGCUUCUGUCUUUUAUAUCCCUCUAGUGCUGGGAUAAAGGCAUGCGAUCUGUGACUCUUUUAGAUUGAUUGAAUCUUGUGUAUUCCUGGGGGAUCUUGGAAUCAGUGAGAUCCAUCUACCUCUUAAUCCUGAGUCCUAGGAUUAAAGGUGUGUAUCACUACCUCCUAGCUUCUGGCUGCUGGGACUAAAGGUGUGUGCCUGUCUUCUGUGGCUUGUGGCUGACUUUACUUUCUGAAUCCUCUUAAUAAAUCCCUCCUCUCCUCCUGCUCCCCUCCCAACUUCCCACCUCAGCCCAUUCCUAUCCACUUCUCAGAAAGGGUAAGGCCUCCCAUGGAGAGUCAACAAAGCCUGGCACAUUAAGUUGAGACAGGACUAAGCCCUUCCUGCCCUGAUUCAAGGCUAAGCAAGGCAUCACCCCAUAGGGAAUGGGUAACCAAAAGCCAGUUCAUGAACCAGGGACAAGUCCUGGUCCCACUGCCAGGGCUGUCUCAAAUAGAUCAAGCUACACAAGUGUCACUCACAUGCAGAGGGCCUGGGUCCCAUGCAGGCUUCCCUAUUGCCAAUGUGUUCUUGUGUGCCAGAGUCCUAUCCAUCUGCUGAUGGCUAAGGGUAUUGAUUCUAGGCCGCCCCUGGUGGCUGCUGCAGGUUCAGCAUAGCUUCAGAACAUUCAUGAAAUGGAUGUAGAGCUGCUGGAAUGAUGACAGCCGACUAAGGCUACAAACUGAAUUGAAAUGGCGAGAUAGCUCUACUCUCCAAUACUGGAAAGUGCCUGUGGUGCUCAGGGCUACUCAGAGGCACAGACUAGAGGAGGUGACAAGAAAUACAUUGCUGAGGCCAAGAUCAUUCUGGAGCAGCUCCUCAGUGACUGCUGUCUGUAGGAUGGAACGAUGGUAGGACCAUUUCACAGUCCUGACCUCCAUAGUAGCAAUGGGAAUGAGGUCUCAGAGUAGCAGAGACCAGGCGGAGGCUCACAGCUUCAGGAGCCAGACAAGGUAAUUUCCUCUGAGAGACAUCCGGAGACCUUGCUGGCAGGUGUCUGAGGAGACAGCUAAUGGGAUGAAAUGUUCCUACAGUCAGGACAGUGGGGCAGCCUGUAGGCUAUACUGUUCAUAUAUCAUCAAAAGAGCAUUGGAAACAGAUAUGUACAUGGUGGAAGUUAGCUUUCCCAAUAAUUUGAGCCGGUUAUAAAUGGGACUCAGAACCCAUCAAUAGGAAGAGGUUUGUUUCUCAGUAGAAGAAACUUUGCAAAUGUAUAUACAGUGGUUCAUAGAUCUUCCCCCAAAUGGAUCUCAGAACAUCUAUUCACAUUGUCCUCUGCCAGGGAAAGAACAUAUGGCUAUUUCAGGGGAUGUUGGAUACAGUGUCUGAGCUGAUGGCUGAUAUUUGGGAAAGCAAGGCUCUAUCACUUUCUCCUGAGAGGAAGCCAUGAAGUGGUAAGGUAAUGUCCUUGUCACAAUGAGUCCACCAGCUCUCCAGAAACACCCAGUUACCAUUUCCCCUGUUCCUAGAUGUACGAUCAGGGUAGAUACAGCAUUAGUUGAGAUGACAUCUGUGAAAUGGCAGACAGUUUCACAAAGACCAAAGAAAAGGCAUGGUAGACACUGAAAUUUCCCAUGGGACAAAUAGUGAAAGCAGCAUCCCAGCACAGUCCAGGGAAUGACAGGUGUGGUGCCCCUUGCAAGGAUUCUUAUCCCCAUUGCACCUCCAUUCUGUUCAUCUGUCCACAGUCUGCAAACGCUAACAGCAAGAAGUGCCAACUGUAGUAGCAUCAGAUGCAUUGUUUGUUUGCUAUGUGUAUGGGUGUUUUGCCUUCAUAUAUGCCGGUGUUUGGUGUCCAAGGAAACCAGAUGAAGGUGGUGGAUCCUAGUACUGUUGUUACAGAUGGUUUUUAACUGCCAUGUGAGUGCUGAGAAUCAAACCCGGUCCCUUGAGCAGCCAGUGCUCUCAACCUUUAAGUCAUGUCUCCCACUUGGUGUCUUUAUUGUAACCCGGAAGAGAUGUGCAGCCUUUAAUAUGGAAAAUCUACCUGAAGUCAUAGGUUAAAGAGAAUUGACUGCUGCAUGGAUUGGAUAACAGUAUACAUGUACAGUGCACUGUUGUAUGUAUAGUGCACCUUCGUGGAAAGUGAAUUCUGAUUUCCACUCAGAAAUACCCUCUCUGGUAAGACUGUUGGUGUACACCUUUAUUUCUAGCACCCAGGAGGAAGAUAAAGGUGAGCUUCAUCUAUGUAGCAAGUAUUGGCAUAUUCAGAGCUACAUAAUAGAGCAACCCUGUCUCAACAAAACACACACACACACACGUACACGUGCACGCACGCGCGCGCGCACACACACACACACACACAUGCACGAAAGCGCACACAUACACACACACUCACGGGGGUGGGGCGGACCUGCCUGUAUUCUGCCAGACAUUAUUGCUGUCCUCCGUAUUGGUAACUAUAUGUUCUUUGAAUCUGAUGAGCAAGAAUUUUGUGUAUUUUGAGUACCUGGUACGUCAUAGGAACCUUUGGUGUUAAGGGAUAAACCUUACAAAGAGUCAGAUGUGUGAUGUAUAGGUGAGCAUCCAGGAGUGCAGGGUUUGAGUUGCCAGGAUCUCCCUUGCACAGUUCCAAGUCCUGUGCAUCUCCUAUAGCUAAGAGCACAAACUUUAGAAGUCAGCUGCUGCCCAGCAGAGGGAAGGGGCAGCUCCAGCCAGUCAGAAGGUCAGGUGCCAGGAGCUUAAGUCCUUGAGUCUGCUGGAGGAGAUGAGAAAAGUGACCAUGGUUGGCAAUCUGAAGAAAACUAUUCAAGGCUGUGUGAAU